CUUCCUUCUUUUCUCCGCAGAACGUCGAAUCGUGCGGCACGCAUUCGUUGCCCUUUGUGAAAAAGUGCAGUUAUUGCUGUUAAACUUUUGAUUAAUCAUGACUGAAACGCUGCAACUCCGCGGCCAGCUCGUUGGCCAUUCCGGAUGGGUCACUCAGAUCGCCACCAAUCCGAAGUACCCGGACAUGAUCCUGUCUUCAUCUCGCGACAAGACCCUGAUCGUUUGGAAGUUGACCCGCGACGAUGCCAGUUACGGUAUUCCGCAAAAGCGUCUGUACGGUCACUCGCACUUCAUUAGCGACGUUGUUCUGUCGUCCGACGGUAACUACGCUCUAUCCGGCUCGUGGGACAAGACCCUGCGCCUGUGGGAUUUGGCCGCCGGAAAGUCCACUCGUCGUUUUGAAGACCAUACCAAGGAUGUCCUGUCGGUUGCUUUCUCCGUGGACAACCGUCAGAUCGUGUCCGGAUCUCGUGACAAGACCAUCAAGUUGUGGAACACUUUGGCCGAAUGCAAGUACACCAUCCAAGAGGAUGGACAUAGUGAUUGGGUCUCGUGUGUCCGCUUCUCACCGAACCACUCGAACCCGAUCAUUGUCUCGGCUGGUUGGGAUCGCACCGUCAAGGUCUGGAAUUUGGCCAACUGCAAGCUGAAGAUUGACCACCUGGGCCAUAAUGGCUACUUGAACUCGGUUUCCGUUUCUCCUGAUGGUUCCCUGUGCACAUCCGGAGGUAAGGAUUGCAAGGCCUUCCUGUGGGACUUGAAUGAUGGCAAGCAUCUGCACACACUGGAACAUAACGAGGUCAUCAAUGCCCUCUGCUUCUCACCAAACCGUUACUGGUUGUGCGUUGCUUAUGGUCCAUCCAUCAAGAUUUGGGAUCUGGCAUGCAAGACCAUGGUCGAAGAGCUGAAGCCAUCGAAGGCCGAUCCACCACAGUGCUUGUCGCUGGCUUGGUCUACCGAUGGACAGACGCUGUACGCCGGUUACUCUGAUAACAUCAUCCGUGUCUGGCAGGUAUCAGUCUCGGCUCGUUAAAUAUGAAGCGGAUCCGAAGGAAGUCUUUUACCAUAUAAGAAUUAAUUCCAUAAACUUUGGUAGAUUAAUAAAUCUACUAGAAAC